GGGCACUGAGAGGUAGGAAGAGGGAGCAAGAGGAGCCAAGAAGCUAGCACGCUGACACAAAAAGGGGGUGUGACGCAGUUAUGUACUUUAUAAAACGCCGCUAAAAACAUUUGAACCAAGUUAGGCGGAUUUUAAGGUUUUUUUGUUCUUUGGAUCUACUUCCUCGAUGAGUGCUGCAAGUGUUCUCCGGUCCUUCAGUCCCACAGCGAUGCCCGGUCCAGUCAUGCCCAUGGAUGUAGCUAUGCACUUCUACAUCAGCCAUUCGCCCCCUCCUCUCAGAGGCUUCCUCAGCUCCUACGAGGACCUGCAGAGGGCCCACAAGCGCGUCAACAAGUCCAUCGCCCACAAGUCCCUCUACAAACCCCUGCGGCCGUGCCUCAGCUCCCAGCAGAAAGACGCCGAACAAGAUGGCGGCUGCUGGGCUAAGAGUAAACCCAACAAGAAACGUGUCGUGUUCGCCGACAUGAAGGGACUGUCACUUACCGCCAUUCACGUUUUCUCCAAAUUUGAUGAUGAUUCGUACCAAAGUAGUGAUGAUUUGCAAUUCGAUAUGUCCGACCUGGAAGCGGCCACUAUGGACCUAAAGAUCAGCUCCACGCGCAACCUGGCACUCGACUUCAAACAGCCGUCCGCAGACUACCUAGACUUCCGGAACAGGCUGAUGCAGAAUUCCGUGUGCCUGGAAAACUGCUCCCUGCAAGAGCGUUCGCUAACCGGCACCAUCAAAGUGCGCAACAUCGGGUUCGAGAAGUCCGUCCAGCUCCGCGUCACCUACGACUCCUGGGCGACGUUCACCGAUGUGGAGUGCACCUUCAUGAACAACGUGUACGGUUGCCAGGAUAGCGAUACCUUUGCUUUCACGCUGGAGCUGCCCGGGUACGUCCCGCCGCACAACCGGGUGGAGUUCUGCAUCUGCUUCCAGGCGCAGGGCCAGAGCUUCUGGGAUAACAAUGAUGGGAACAACUACGCUCUGAAGCACGUGGGCUGGAACGGAGAGGACCUGGUGGCGCGUGCGGUCACAGCAGAGGCCAAACAGAGUGGCAAAGUGAUGGACACAGAAUACGACCAGUACGGCAGCCCUCGCACCUCCAGUGGCAUGUUCCCGGGCUGGCAGAGCUGGGGUCAGAUGGACACCACUGUGCCUUAUUGGUGAAGAGACUCUGUUUGCUCUGGGACAGUGAGGGCAUUCUGGACUUGGACAGGCUCCCAGUCUGUCCCACACACCUCCGCUCCUGACGGAGGGAGGACUGAACUGCCACAUACUGACCUGCUUUAGUACUAUGGACUUUGCUCAAGUGUAGCAGAAGGACAAGGAGGGAUGACAGAGGGAACCCUGGGGUGUUUCCUGUAUUUUGUAAAGAAAAUAAUAAUAAUAAUAAUAAUAUUAAUAAUAAUAAUGAUAAUGAUGAUGUGCCUUAAUGUAGUGCUGCCCUCUUUGUACAAUCCACAGAAAUGUAAAGGCUCAUCUAUGGCCUCUUGUAAUGUCCAAAUAUGCACUGAUUGAGAUGUCCCUGUUUAUGUGACGUCUGUAAGAGAAGCUAAUCCUUCAUAUUGAAGGGAAAGAGGAGUGCUCGGCUACAGGCUUCUCCACACACAGAUGAACAUGACACACACUAAGCUCCAGCACCUUGUUUAGAAUCCUCACAGUGAUCAGACCAGCGUAUGCAGUCCUGCCUCUCCUGCACUCUGCACAUCUCAUAGACUGGUCACUUUGACCUUAUUUAGAUAUAGGGAACUGAGCUGCUAUAGGCCCUAGAGAGAAUCUGCACGUGAUUGGUUGCCUUGAUGGGGAGGGGGUGGUGGUUAUGUCUGUGGUUUCAGAAUGUCAGAAGCUGUUGUGUACAGUGUUGUGUUUUUCACAAGUGCAAUUGUGUGAUGAGUGGACAGAAUGUGUACAGUGUGUGUGGCUGCAGCUUCUGUGUAGAGUCCUGUCUGAAUGAGACCAGCGUUUGUGUUCACUUGAAGGUGUGUGCUUACCACACCACAGAUGUGUAUACUCUUUAAUAAAGACAUUUCUAUAUUUGUGCUAAA